AUGUUGCCGUCUCCGCAUGUGGACCAGAUCCUUCGCUACGAGGUGGACGCCGUGCGGCUCCCGGCCAUCGUCUACCGCGACGUCGUGCUGUGGGGAUCUGCGGCACCCGCAGCUCCUCCCCGCGCUGCUGCUGGCGCGCCUGUGGGAGGAGCGCCGCCUGUGGGAGGAGCGCCGCCUGGCGUCGCUGGACGACGCGCCGGACUCCUCCUCCAUGCAGGACCCUGUGGGAGAGGGCUCCGGGCCGCCCGUCGUCACCCUGCGCCGUCUGGCCAGCCACACCUCGGCUGCCACUCCAGCAUCGCGGCCACAUCCCUGCUGGCGCGCGUGCUCGCUGAGCGGGUUGCGGGAAGCAAGUACGAGGCGUGGCCGGAGCAGAAUGUGCUGCUCCCGAUGGGGAUGAGAGACGCCAACUUCUCCCCGCUCGCCCACGUGGACGCGGGCGGGCGGCCUGAGCGGAGGGGCGCUACGCGGACGGUGCGUGACGUCAUUUAUGGACGGCUCCUUGGGCGCCAGCUGGGAUACACGAUCCUCAGGAAGGACGGCGAUAUCGAUGGCUAUGCUGCCACCUUCUCAAUCGUGCCGCAACUGGAGCUGGUAUUCGUGUUGCUGAUCGCAGGCAGACCUCACAGCGGCUGUGUAUGCCCAGCUGCUGCCGACCUUCGACCACGUGCUGCGUGAGGUCCCCAGGACUGCCUGGCCGGCUCCUGCGCUACCUCAGCUACUACGCCUACUCCAACGUGACCUUCUACCACAUCACCACGAAACCGGAGCAGGACAUGAUGGAAAACGGCCGCCGGAGUUUCAAGGAGCAGACGCAGACGCGACAACACCGCUUGAAGAAACGCCGAGUAAGUUUCUGACGCGAAGACAAAGGGAUAAGGGAAGUCAGGGACAGCAGAAGCAAAAUAUCAGUGAACUGCCAACAGCAGAUAACCCGGAGAGCCUGCUACAGUCAGAGCGGCAGCCAAAAGGCCCCAAAAAACAUUGUUUUUGCGAUUGUUUGGUCCUAGCAUUGAAGUGAAGCUUCUGGAAAAAUUCUGCACUUUUCACCUGAGCUACCUUGGCCUACACGUUUUCCUGGCCGAGUUUUUGAGCCCAUUUCCCUGCUCUGUGGAGCAGCACUUGAGCCAGGGCCACCCGAUCCCACUGGAGCAACAGGACCAACAGAUUGUGAACUUCCAUCACCCAGACUCAGGUGCACUCUGUCCAGGAUUUGACAUUCCGGGACUUAACAUUUACAAUGUCAGGCGUCUAAAGAGCUAGCCUAUGUACUGAUCAUGGCAAUGUAACUUUGCUAAAUAUCUGGUUGUAAUUACAGAGCCAUGAUUAGCACCUCAGAUUAGCACGGUUGGCUACGUACGGUGUGAAAAAAGUUCAACAUACAUACUGAGAUAAAAGUAAAAAAUCUGUUUGGUCACUAUAAAAUGGACAUUUUGUUCAUGGAAGUACACGUUGCAGAUGUUGUGGCCCCCAGUAGUAAUUAAGUCAGUUUCACAUGCCCCUUUCCCAUUCUAAAUUGUAUGUCCCAUUGGCACCGUGGAUACAACAAUAUCUAUGUAUCAAAUGAUUGAAUUGAGGAAGCAGCAAUGUUCGUUUUCGAUUGAAAUAUGCAACACGUCACCGACUCCAUCCAAUCAAGACUCGACCAUGAAAACAAUGCGCAAAUCGCGGCACACGACCAUCGGAGUUGCUCUUAAAGAGAAACGACUCCAUUCUGAAAACUGUGCCAGCUACUAAACAUAUCCAAAUACAUUGCAUUUAAUCAACCCAUUUUUGUAUCAUGCUGAUUAACAGAAAACUCAUGAUAGCAAAAUACUCUUUGGUUUUUUUCGGUAAAGUCACGUAGGUAAAAAAUAAAAUAAGUGAAAACAACUAAAUUAAAUCACGACGUUUCGGGCGCAACACAAGCGUCCUUCUUCAGGUGGGGACAACGUAGCGAAAGCACAACCGCUUUUUAUCUACGUGACUUUACCGAAAAAAACCAAAGAGUAUGAAUCCUUGCAGUCACGAAAACUUCAAAUCUAGAAAAAAGAAAUACGUGUUCUUAUCUGUAAAUUUACACUUCCUUCAUGCAUGAGUACUAGUGCUGGAAAACAACGAAAUUGAGAUCUUAACGUCGUAAUUUGGUUGUUAACAUUUCCCCCUAACGACUCUUUUAUCUUGCCGCGCCUCCGACUAUCACGGUUCGCUACGAGUGGUGCAAAAGACGUUCAAAAUACAGUACAUACAUUGUCAACGUCUUCAUUGCUGACAUUUCAGUGACAGCUGCCAAACUACACGAAGGCUUCCCUAAAACACGAACCCAUGAGAAGAUUUUUUACAAAAAGUAUUGUACAACCGCCCCCCC